AUGCAUGCUAACUCCAAGCGGCCUACUGUUGAAUAUAUUGAUCCGAUUAUUUCUGCUGAGAUUCCAAAUAUCAAUGAAGAUCCAGAAUUGUAUUCACUUGUAAGUGAAUUCAUGAUACAUGGUCCUUGUGGAGCUGAAAAUAUGAAUUGUCCAUGCAUGGUUGACAAGCAAUGUUCGAAAAAAUUUCCAAAGCAAUUCUGUGAUCAUUCUGCGGUUGAUGUCAACGGUUAUCCCUUAUAUAUGAGAAGAAACAAUGGAUAUUUUGUCGAAAAAUCAGGUGUCAAGUUAGACAAUAGAAAUGUUGUUCCAUAUAACAAAUAUCUGUUGAAAAGAUAUCAAGCACACAUUAAUGUUGAAUGGUGCAAUCAUGGAUCUUCCAUAAAGUAUCUGUUUAAAUAUAUAAACAAAGGUCCAGAUAGAGCUACAAUUGCUGUUGACAUCAACGUUGAUUCUAAUCACGAAAAGGUUGUCGAUGAAAUAAAAGAUUAUUAUGAUUGUAGAUAUAUAUCUGCAUGUGAAGCAUCAUGGCGAAUAUUUAAAUACGAUGUUCAUUACCGAUAUCCUUCUGUGAUGCGACUACCUUUUCAUCUUCCUGAUCAACAACAAGUCAUAUAUGCCGCAGACGAUGAUAUUGAUGAUGUUCUUGAACAACCUUCAGUUGCUGCUUCUAUGUUCACAUCUUGGAUGGAAUGUAAUAAAAUUAAUAAAGAUGCACGAAAACUUACAUAUGUUGAAUUUCCUACAAAGUUUGUUUGGAAACCUGAUGAUAAAUUGUGGAAGCCAAGGAAAAUUGGACGUUCAAUAGGAAGGAUUCACUCUGUUUCACCUAAACUUGGCGAAGUCUACUUCUUACGGAUUCUUUUAAAUAAAGUGAAAGGUCCAAAAUCAUUUGAAGAAAUUCGCACGGUAAACGGUGAAGAAUUUCCUACUUUUCGAGAUGCAUGCUAUGCUUUGGGCCUCUUAGAUGAUGACAAAGAAUACGUUGAUGCAAUUAAGGAAGCAAGUCAUUCAGGAACUGGUUUUUAUCUUCGUUUCUUAUUUGCUACGAUGUUAAUGUCUAAUAGUUUGGGUAGACCAGAGUUUGUUUGGGAAAAUACAUGGAAACAUUUGUCAGAUGGUAUUCUUUACAACCAACAGCGUAGAUUAAAGUCUCCAGGUUUAUCACUCAAUGAGGAUCAACUCAAAAACCUGACUUUGUUCGAGAUUGAACAGAUUUUACUUCGUAACAACACGAGUCUUAAACAUUAUAAACAAAUGCCUUACCCUGAUUCCGACACAGUUUCUUCUUCAACAAAUCGACUUAUCAUGGAGGAGCUGGAGUAUGACAUAACGCUUUUAAAGAAAGAGUUUGAUAGUAUGUUUCAUGCAUUAACAAACGAGCAACGCAAUAUUUUUCUUGAUAUCAUGACUACAGUCAAUGAUAAUAAAGGAGGUGUGUUUUUUGUUUAUGGAUAUGGUGGAACAGGCAAAACCUUUCUUUGGAAGACGUUAUCUGCAGCAAUUAGAUGUAAUGGUGAUAUAGUUUUAAAUGUUGCUUCAAGUGGUAUUGCAUCUUUAUUAUUGCCUGGAGGUAGGACAGCACACUCUCGGUUUAUAAUUCCAUUGAAUCUUACCGAGUAUUCUGUUUGUAAGAUACCGCCUGAUAGUGAACUCGGCAGAUUAGUAAGAAAAAGCUCAUUGAUUAUUUGGGAUGAAGCACCUAUGGUCCACAAACAUGCAUUUGAAGCUUUAGAUCGAGCUUUGAGAGAUGUAUGUAAGUUUGAUAAGUCUACCAACUCAGAUAUUCCAUUUGGAGGGAAAGCGAUUGUUUUUGGAGGAGACUUCAGGCAAAUUCUACCUGUUGUUCAAGGAGGUAGCAGACAAAAUAUCGUUAAUGCUUCUUUAAGCUCUUCAUAUAUAUGGCAACAAUGCAAAGUCCAUAGAUUAACAAAAAACAUGAGACUAACCGUUGGAAAGGAUCCAUCUGAUAUUCGAAAAAUACAAAAUUUUGCAAACUGGCUUUUGGACAUAGGAGAAGGAAAAGUUGGUGGUUUGAACGAUGGUGAAACGAUUAUUGAUGUUCCGGAUGAUAUUCUCAUUAGUGAUCCACAUGAUCCUAUAGGUUCAUUAAUUGAGUUUGUAUAUCCUUCAAUCUUGGAAAACUUCAACGGUACGAGUUAUUUUCAAGAAAGAGCUAUACUAGCUCCAAAAAAUGAAGUUGUCCAACAAAUCAAUGAUCGUUUGUUAGCAUUGUUUCCCGGAGAAGAAGUAGAAUAUUUAAGUUCAGAUACUCUUUGCCAAUCCGAGUUUGUUCAUGAUCAGUUUGAUCCCAAUUUAUACUCCCCUGAUAUUUUAAAUGGUCUUAAGGUAUCAGGUUUGCCAAAUCACAAGUUAAUUCUAAAAGUCGGUGUUCCAGUUAUGUUACUAAGAAACAUUGAUCAAAAAAAUGGAUUAUGUAACGGCACUAGACUACAAGUGAAAUCUCUUGGCAAACGUGUUAUUGAGGCAAUUAUAAUAUCUGGAACUAAUAUCGGAAAACAAACAUUUAUUCCAAGAAUGUCUUUAAGUCCAUCUCAAAAAAAAAUUCCUUUCAAAUUUCAAAGAAGACAAUUUCCAUUGGCUGUAUGUUUUGCAAUGACAAUUAAUAAAAGUCAGGGGCAGUCGUUAUCAAAGGUUGGUCUGUAUCUCAAGGAUCCUGUUUUUUCACAUGGACAACUGUAUGUUGCCUUAUCUAGAGUUCAAAGUAGAGAAGGACUGAAAUUGUUAAUUUUAGAUAAGGAUGGUAGACUUACAAACAAAACUUCGAAUGUUGUGUAUAAGGAAGUUUUUAGGAAUUUAUAACUGCU